AUGAAGGACAGUCCUAAGCCAGAAUGGUUCUUUGAUUCACUAAAUAAUGAUGAUUCCUGUCAUGUUUCCGCAGGCAGAGCUCUAGACGUCUCAGAUGUGACUCUGAUCAAUCCGGACCCGAUCGUGUCCUCGGUCAACUCGCCGUCUCUGCUGUGUGUGAGCAGCGACUGGACUGUUUCUGGCACCGGAUCACUGAGUUUGGGCCACGGGUAUCCUGACCAGGAAGCUCAUGUCCUGAGCGCCAAACCGGACAGAAGCUACCACUCUGCCGCUAAAGUCACCUGGAUGUCCCGCAAUCACACCUUUGGAGCAUUUUACUGCCAGCUCAAAAACUCUAACAGGAGUAAAAUCUACACCUACAAGAUGCUCCAUGAAGCUGCUUUCCUCCCUGAAUCUCUGACAAUCACUGUUAAUGAAGGUGAAGACGUUAACAUCUCUUACUCGAUAAAGACAUAUUUACCAGAGGAUACAGUCAUCCGUAAAAACGGAGUUUAUGAACACACAUCACCCCAAGGGGAUUUUAUGGAUGUAAUUAAUUACCAAAUAAUCAAUGCAAAAGCCCAAACUCAUGCUGGAAUAUAUGCGAUCCAAUACAUUUCUGGAGCUCCGUUCAGCUCAGCAAUAACCCGACUGAUCGUCAGGAGUAAGUCACAACCACUCUCAUUAAAGUGUCUGGUAAUGUGUAAAAUCUAUGCACUUGAUAUAACCCUUCUGAAUCCUUGUCUGCUUGUGAUUUCUUUGAAAGACAUGAGACCUGUUAUCGUGAGCAGUCUGAGAGACAUUGAGCUCAACUCGGGCAUCACAUACACGGUCAACUGCUCUGCGUCAGGCCGGCCCGCUCCUUUACACGGGGAAAUAACCCUUGUCAAACCAGACAAAACCACUGUCUAUGCAGUGGACACACAGACAGAAAAUGAUCAAACGACAUCAGUAUUCAGGGUGGAGAAGAUCACUGUGUCGGUCACUGGCCGCUGGUCGUGUCAAGUGAAAACCAAACACUAUCAGGAGGAGAAAGAAUUCAUUGUGAAUGUCAAAGUUCCUCCGCAGCCCCAGAAUCCUCCGCUCCUGAAUGACAGCGGCCUGCAUCACCUGCUGCUGCUGCUCAAUAAAGAGCCCUACGCCGGAGACGGGCCUGUCACCUCAGUCAGUGUCAACUACAAACAGACCAGCUCAUCUACAUGGAGAAGCGUUGAGGCGAGCGGCUCUCUGGUAAGGUUGGACAACCUUUCUCCCAUGACCCAAUACACUAUACGGGUGCAGCUGAGUCGCCACGGACCGGGAGGAACCGGCCAGCCUGGACCCGAAGCCACUUUCUCCACACAGAUGCUCGAGCUCCCAGUGGGUGUGAAGCUGAAACCCUUCAGUCAGACUGUGCUGCUCCUGUCGUGGGAUGCCGCUCCUGCCGAGGCGGACUGGAGUUACGAGGUCACGUGUCAGCAGGUUGGAGCUUCGGGAACCAAGAGAUUCCAGGUCGUGUCGAACUCCUCCAGCCACUAUCUGAACGACCUGAAACCCAGAUGCAAAUACCAGUGCAAGGUGAGGAUGAGCAGCAGCGCUGCGGGACAGGCCUGUCCCACUGUCAGCGCCUGGACUCUGAGCGACCAGCUUCCUCCUCCUCCUGCCAACAUCUCCACCUGUAACAUCAGCGACUCCUCAGCCGACAUCACCUGGUCAGUGGCCGAGGGUCACUCCAUCUCCAAAGCCAUGAUCCGCUACCAGCAGACGGAGCAGAUGGACUACAGUCAGCAGGUGGAGCUUGGUGUGCAGGACAAGACCAACAUGCGCUUCCAGCUCAGGGGUCUGAGGGCCGACACCACCUACCAGCUGGAGCUCUGGAGCAUCAACAACAUGGGAGAGAGUGUGGAGAGACCGCAGAUCACCCUCAAGACGCUGACACUGCAGGAGAGCUCACAGCUGCAUGGGUUCCAGGCUCAUGGUAACAUGCUCUUCUACGCGAUCCUGGGCUCCGCCGGCAUGACGUGCAUCACGAUCCUGCUGGCCUUCUGCAUCGUCCUGCAGCUCAAGAGAACCACUUUCCAGAGACGGAUGGUGCAGGCCUUCCACAACAUAGCGAGAGAGGAGCCUGUGGUCCAGUUUAGCUCUGUGCCACUCAACAUGCCCAAAAAAGUUCCCAGUUCCAGCCAGUCUGUGGCCUAUCCCACCCUGGAGUGGAGUGACAUUAAGUUCCAGGAUAUAAUUGGAGAGGGAAACUUUGGGCAGGUGCUGAAAGCUCGCAUUAAGAAAGACGGCCUGAGGAUGGAUGCGGCCAUCAAGAGAAUGAAAGAAUAUGCAUCUAAAGAUGACCACAGAGACUUUGCUGGGGAACUUGAGGUCUUGUGUAAACUGGGUCAUCAUCCGAACAUUAUUAACCUUCUGGGAGCGUGUGAACACAGAGGUUACCUGUAUCUGGCCAUUGAAUAUGCUCCUCACGGAAACCUGCUGGACUUUCUGCGUAAGAGCCGAGUUUUAGAGACGGACCCUGCCUUUGCCAUCGCUAACAGCACCGCGUCCACACUCUCCUCGCAGCAGUUACUGCACUUUGCUGCAGAUGUGGCACGUGGCAUGGACUACCUGAGCCAGAAACAGUUUAUCCACAGAGAUCUAGCAGCCAGAAACAUCCUGGUGGGAGAAAACUUUGUGGCAAAGAUUGCUGAUUUCGGACUGUCCCGAGGUCAGGAGGUUUACGUGAAGAAGACCAUGGGGCGUCUGCCAGUGAGAUGGAUGGCCAUCGAAUCUCUAAACUACAGCGUUUACACCACCAACAGUGACGUGUGGUCGUAUGGUGUCUUGCUCUGGGAGGUGGUCAGCUUAGGUGGAACGCCGUAUUGUGGCAUGACGUGUGCGGAGCUGUACGAGAAACUCCCACAGGGCUAUCGGCUGGAGAAACCGCUCAACUGUGAUGACGAGGUGUAUGAGCUGAUGAAGCAGUGCUGGAAGGAGAAACCUUACGAGAGACCUUCAUUCGCUCAGAUCUUGAUGUCACUCAAUCGUAUGCUGGAAGAGAGGAAGACGUACGUCAACACGACGCUCUAUGAGAAGUUCACAUACGCUGGCAUUGACUGUUCUGCAGAGGAAGCCGGCUGACACUUCGCUGUUGACAAAUUUCAGUUGACGAACGGUUAAUUAGAUCCUCUGAGCAGGAUUCACAGUUUUACACACGUUGUGUUUCAUUACAUGGCUACCAGAUCAUAUUUUUAUGUUGUGAAGUGGUUAUUGGUGUAUGACAUGAUGAAUGCAGAUACUGACAGAUAUGUGACGUUUGUAGAUUUCAUUGUUUUUAAUAAAAAGCCUGUCGUUUGAUACUGCGA